CUAGCCCCCUCACUUGGGGCUGGGGAGAGCCCGGGGCUGCAGGGUCUGCCCUGGGCUGGCAGCUGCUGCCUGCAGCCCCAGCUCUGGGUCUUCUACGGCUUCCCUCCACCCCACGCAGUCCCCAACUUCAGCUACUGCACCAGGGAUGGCCCCUUAACUUCGCCAAGACUUGGGGCUCUCAUCUGUAAGAUGGGGGUGUUCAAGAAGGCGAGCCCGAAUGGAAAGCUCACCGUCUACCUGGGAAAGAGGGACUUUGUGGAUCACAUCGACCUCGUGGACCCUGUGGAUGGUGUGGUCCUGGUGGAUCCUGAGUAUCUCAAGGAGAGGAGAGUCUAUGUGACACUGACCUGCGCUUUCCGCUAUGGCCGAGAGGACCUGGAUGUCCUGGGCCUGACCUUUCGCAAGGACCUGUUUGUGGCCAACGUGCAGUCCUUCCCGCCAGCCCCCGAGGACAAGAAGCCUCUGACACGGCUGCAGGAGCGCCUCAUCAAGAAGCUGGGCGAGCACGCCUAUCCUUUCACCUUUGAGAUCCCUCUGAACCUCCCAUGCUCUGUGACGUUGCAGCCAGGACCUGAAGACACAGGGAAGGCCUGUGGUGUGGACUAUGAAGUCAAAGCCUUCUGCGCGGAAAACCUGGAGGAGAAGAUCCACAAACGGAAUUCCGUGCGCCUGGUCAUCCGGAAGGUUCAGUAUGCCCCAGAGAGGCCUGGCCCCCAGCCCACGGCCGAGACCACCAGGCAGUUCCUCAUGUCGGACAAACCCUUGCAUCUAGAGGCUUCUCUGGAUAAGGAGAUCUAUUACCACGGAGAGCCCAUCAGUGUCAACGUCCACGUCACCAAUAACACCAACAAGACAGUGAAGAAGAUCAAGAUUUCGGUGCGCCAGUAUGCAGACAUCUGCCUUUUCAACACGGCCCAGUACAAGUGCCCCGUGGCCAUGGAAGAGGCAGACGACACAGUGGCUCCCAGCUCGACCUUCUGCAAAGUCUACACGCUCACCCCCUUCCUGGCCAACAACCGAGAGAAGCGGGGCCUUGCCCUGGAUGGGAAGCUCAAGCAUGAAGACACCAACCUGGCCUCCAGCACCCUGCUGAGGGAAGGCGCCAACCGAGAGAUCCUGGGCAUCAUUGUUUCCUACAAAGUGAAAGUGAAGCUGGUGGUGUCUCGGGGCGGCCUGCUGGGAGAUCUUGCAUCCAGCGAUGUGGCUGUGGAACUGCCGUUCACCCUAAUGCACCCCAAGCCCAAAGAGGAACCCCCACAUCGAGAAGUUCCAGAGAACAACGAGACUCCAGUAGAUACCAAUCUCAUAGAACUUGACACAAAUGAUGACGACAUUGUGUUUGAGGACUUUGCCCGCCAGAGACUGAAAGGCAUGAAGGAUGACAAAGAGGAGGAGGAGGAUGGCACUUGCUCUCCGCACCUCAACGACAGAUAGACUGGGCCGGCCCUCCUCCGGGCAGCUGCAGGUCCACUCUCACGCACUAGGAUACUUUCUCGUCUUCUUCCUAUUCUGGUUCCCCCUCCCCUUUGUUCUUCCAGUUUCUACCAGGGUGCCCUAGCGGUCUUCCAGGUCCUGGUGGUGAACCUCUGGCCUCAGGGUUGGCCCCCACAUCACCAUGCCAACAGGGCCACCCCUACUGCCUUCACCCCUCUCACUGCAGUCACCGCUCUGUCCCACCCCCCCUUCUCAUGCUGACCCCCAGAAAGGCCACCUCAGUUCUGGCCUUGGAAUUUGAAUAGGGAUGGGCAGCAGAAAGGGGAGGAUGGGGCAUGAGGGCUUGGAUAGAUGGGAAGGAAGUAUCCAGACGCUUGAGAAGAUGUGCACAUUCCUUGGGGGUUGACGGUGCUGGCAGCUAAAAGAGGACCAUGUUGAAAGGCGCCCCCUUCUGGCCGGGAGGGGCAGAACUGGAUAGGGUCUAGCUUUUUGCAGUUUGGACCCACCAAACACCUCUCCCCUGCUACUCCCAUCCCUGCCCCAUACUCUCUGUGUCUGAUAGUGAUGUUGGUGAAGGUUCAUAGGCCUCAG